CCCCCCCUGUGUCUUCUCCAGCAGACGAGUUCACCGAUGAGGAAGGACAGGGAGGGCCGGAGACAGGGGAGGCAGAAUCGGCGGGUCCGGGAGGGCAGGAGGUAGAGUCGGAGAGUCAGGAAGGGUUGGAUGAAGAGUUGGUUAAGCCGGGAGGGCAGGAGGUAGAAUCGGAGUCAUUUUUCCUGCUACGCACGCACCAUCUAAACGUCGUGCGCGGCAUGAGCUUGCUAGUUACAACACUGCUGCGAAUGAGAAUGUUGAAGUCAGAGAAGGCAGAAUCCGUGCGCAAACUCGGGCAGUAAAUCAGCAGAGCGAAACCGGUCUCAUGGCCACUCUAGGACCAAUCCCCGCAUCAGAAAUAAUAGAGGCACUCUUAGUGGAACAGAGAGCAUCUGAUGCAAUGGAAUUGCCGAAAGUGCUCAUUCAGGACGUAGAGACAGAACCGGGUAGCUAUAAAGAAGCCCGUCAGUCAAAAUACUCCUCGAUUUGGGACAAGACCAUGUCGGCAGAAUUUGAAGGCUUGUUAAGAGCAGGAACGUUCGCGUUAGCAGUAAAGGUUCCAAUAGGCUGUAACGUGGUAGAUGCUAGAUGGGUCUACAAAUGGAAAGCACAUGAAACAGGCAAGCUAGUGAAGGCCAAGGCUAGGCUUGUAGCGAAGGGCUUCAAGCAGAAGCAUGGUGUAGAUUAUCUUAAGACUUUCUCGCCUACUGCAAAUGCUGCAUCGACUCGUUUGUUGGUAGCAUUGGCGUGCAAGUAUGAUUUGGAAUAUCUCCACUUUGACAUUGAGCAAGCGUUUGGUCCGUCGGAAUUGGAUCACGAGGUGUCCAUGAAGUUGCCUCCUGGCUGCGAGUCGAUGACAGGAAAGGUAGUCCGUUUAGACAAAAGUUUGUAUGGACUGAGACAGGUAUCUAGAACAUUUCACAAGAGACUUGUGUCGGACCUGAAGAAGAUUGGUUUCGAAUCGUCUCUGUCAGACCCCUGUGUUCUUCGUUUCAUGAUGGGAGACGAGGUGUUGGGUAUGAUUGCGAUUCACGUGGAUGACAUUCUGUUCUUUCUUGGUUGCGCAUUCGUUCGCGACCGCGAGGCUGGUACGAUUGAGAUGUCUCAAGCGAGUUACAUCAGAAGUGUUCUUGAGAAAUUCAAUGUUUGUCGCACCAGCUCGAUCCCUGCUUCCCCUGCUAACGAUUACAGGUCCGUGAUGGAGGAUAAGGGGGCAGGAGAUGUGCCGUUCCGAGAGGUGGUGGGGAGCCUGAUGUGGAUCCCCAACCAGACAAGGCCCGACAUCUCGAAUGCUGUGCGGGCGGUGGCAAGGCACUCUCACGAGCCAAAGAGAAGCCACUGGAAGGCGGCGCAGAAGAUUCUUAAUUAUCUUCUGGAGACGGCUGUUCGGCAGAUUGAACCGGUCACGCUGAUUACACACCCGAAGCAACGCUCUCGGCGUUUCUAG